CAAGAGUGGUCCCACAGACAGAUCUCCAUACGAGACCACAUGGCGCUCUAAUCUGUGUGUCAGGAGGGUCGGAGGACUUCCUAGAAACCAUCAGAGUGAGAGCUCCUGUCAUCAGCUCUUCUGCCUUCAUCCUCAUCUCCUGUUUUACUCUGACUCCAUCAGAAUUUUAGUUUUUUACUUCUUGCUCCAAAUCUGUGCUUUUAACCUUGGUUUGAAUAAUAAAAAAAAAAAUCACUGGAGGUUUGCAUGAAGAUGGUCAACUCUGAAGAGCACCAGCAUAGGAAAUAAAUCCCAAAAGCCAGAGAGACGUUGUUGUUUUUAACAAAGCUGUGAAGAUCUCACUCCUAAAGUUUUGCACUGCUCUUCUUUCCUGAGGAAGACUCUGCUGCAGUGAUGUCCUCUAUUGUAGCGCCGGAAAAACCCUCCUCAAACACCACGGCACCCAAGGAGGUGGAGCUCAUCCUUGUGAAGGAGCAGAAUGGGGUUCAGUUCACCUCGACCACCUUGGUGGCUCCAGCUCAGACUAACCCCAAUGGGGAGGAGGAGAGGGAAACCUGGGGGAAGAAAAUCGACUUCCUCCUGUCCGUGAUCGGAUUUGCCGUAGAUCUCGCAAACGUCUGGAGGUUUCCUUACCUCUGCUACAAGAACGGAGGAGGUGCAUUCCUGGUGCCGUACCUGUUCUUCAUGGUGAUAGCUGGAAUGCCUCUUUUCUACAUGGAGCUGGCUCUGGGACAAUACAACAGGGAGGGGGCUGCAGGUGUCUGGAAGAUAUGCCCAAUAUUUAAAGGUGUGGGUUUCACAGUGAUCCUCAUUUCACUUUAUGUUGGUUUUUACUAUAACGUCAUCAUCUCCUGGGCGCUGUUCUACCUCUUCUCCUCGUUCACCAGCGAGCUUCCAUGGGUCCACUGCAACAACACAUGGAACAGUCCAAACUGCUCGGAUUGGGCUGAGAACAGCUCGGUCAGUGAUAUUUACAAAGCCACACCAGCUCAAGAGUACUUUGAACGAGGGGUGCUCCACAUUCAGGACAGUAACGGUAUCGAAGAUCUGGGCCGUCCUCGCUGGCAGCUCACUUCCUGUUUGGCCGUGGUGAUUAUUCUGCUUUACUUCAGUCUCUGGAAAGGGGUCAAAACCUCGGGCAAGGUUGUGUGGAUCACAGCCACCAUGCCCUACGUGGUCCUGACUGUGCUGCUGCUCCGUGGAGUCACUCUGCCUGGAGCCAUCGAUGGCAUUAAAGCCUACCUCUCUGUGGACUUCCUGAGACUCUGUGAUGCCAAGGUCUGGAUCGAGGCUGCGACGCAGAUCUGUUUCUCGCUGGGAGUGGGGUUUGGUGUGCUAAUUGCAUUUUCCAGCUACAACAAAUUCAGCAACAACUGCUACAGAGAUGCCAUCAUAACCAGCUCCAUCAACUCUUUAACCAGUUUCUUCUCUGGCUUUGUGGUCUUCUCUUUCCUUGGAUACAUGUCCCACAAACACAACGUGGCUCUCGAUAAAGUUGCCAGAGAUGGAGCUGGGUUGGUGUUCGUCAUUUACCCAGAAGCUAUAGCAACGUUGCCUGGGUCAUCAGUUUGGGCUGUCAUUUUUUUCAUCAUGCUGCUGACGCUCGGGAUCGACAGCGCUAUGGGUGGGAUGGAGUCGGUGAUUACGGGUCUAAUUGAUGAAUUCAAAUUCCUCCAUAAGCAUAGAGAGCUGUUCACCCUUUUCAUCGUUGUUUCCACAUUUCUCAUAUCCCUCUUCUGUGUCACGAGUGGAGGAAUGUAUGUUUUCACGCUGUUGGACCACUUUGCAGCAGGAACAUCGAUUCUCUUUGGAGUGCUUAUUGAAGCCAUCGGCAUCGCGUGGUUCUACGGAGUGGAUCGAUUUAGUGAUGACAUUAAAGAGAUGAUUGGUCAGAGACCAGGCAGGUACUGGAGGCUGUGCUGGAAGUUUGUCAGCCCCUGCUUCCUCCUGUUUAUGGUUGUGGUGAGCUUUGCCACAUUCAACCCUCCAAACUACGGCUCCUAUAUGUUUCCUCCAUGGGCCAACAUGCUGGGGUGGUGUCUGGCCAUGUCCUCCAUGGCCAUGGUGCCGCUCUAUGCCAUCUACAAACUCUGCACAUUGCCUGGGAGAUUUUGCAACCGGCUGGCCUAUGCCAUCACCCCUGAGACAGAGCAUCAUCUGAUUGAGAACGGGGAGGUUCGGCAGUUCACCCUGCAGCACUGGCUGGUUGUCUGAGAUCUACAGAAAAGCUGUUUGAAAGAGUGAACGAGGAAGGAUGUCAGGACGUUUGGGUGAAGGAAUGCAUGACCAACAAAGGAUAGAAGAGAUACGAAGACGGCAGUCAUUUCAGCUGAUCACAGGCGAAAACACUGGUGAGGAAAGUCUAAAAGUGCCAACAUAAAGAAAACAAAACAAAACUUAUGAACAUGAAUUAUAGUGUUAAUUUAUUUUGACGACGUGAGUGUGUGUAAAACUGUGCAUUGGCCCUACCUUUACCAGCCGAGAUUGUCAAACAGUGCAUUUUUUUUCAUAAAUUCUUCGUCUCAUCAGCUUAAGAAGUGAACUGACACUGAUGAUAAACUUUCAAGUAAAGCCAUUCAUUAUGUACUGAUAUCAAUAACAGAGCAUGCAAAUGUGUUUGAGGAUGUACCAAGACUGAUGCAGAGUUGAUAAAAUUACUUAUAGAGCGGUCUUUAAAAUAUGUAUAUAUCACCCCUUAAACUGAUGAGGUGAAUAAUAGUCACAGAAGUAGGGAGCGGGGCGUGAGGUGCAUUAUAUUUUUCAGUCUCUAGACCUUUGAGAAAAAAAAACUAGAUUUCUGUUUUAAAUUAAAACAGUUUGUCAUGACUUCCUCUCUCUUUAAGCCAUUUAAGUUUUUAGUCCUCUCUUUGACUGGGAUUAUCCAUAACUUUUCCUGUAGAAGGCACUGAGCUUUAUUUUCACAGUUGACUCAAUCCUAAUCUGUAAUUCAAGACUGUUUCAAAAACGCUGCUUUUUAUCCAACUGCAAUUAAAUGGUGUGCGAUGUAAUUAACAAAGUAAAUGAUAUAUAUAUAUAUGUGUGUAGGUAAAUGUAAUGUAGAGGGACUUGUAUUGUAUUGUUAUGUAAAAUAUUUAUUUACAAAUACUAUUAACAAAUAUAUAGAUAGAUAAAUAUUAGCCUUAAGGAGCUAGAAGAGAGUUAUAUGAAAAGUCCAGAUUAUCUUUGUUUUAUUAUUUUUGAAGCUCUUUCUGUUGAAUCAGAAACUACACUAACAGGUCAGUACGGACGUGUUUUCUCCCCUUGUGGUACAUGUAACACACAGAUGGGUUAAUUGUGUCCCAAGUUGUAUGCCUGUGCUGCUGUACUGUGCCCACUGGUGUUUCUGACGAUUUUUUUUGUACUGUCUCAUGAAGUAUAAUCAAUAAAACUGUUCCAUUUAAAAUUGUC